UCUGUUUUGUUUUCUAUUCGAAUUGGAGCGAUGAAAUAGCGGUUAACAUUUUAAUUGAUUAAAGUGUAAUUGGAGCGGCGGUAAUGUGGAAAGAACGGGCGCCUUCCAUUUAUAACUCUUUAGUGGCUCCGGAAAACACGCAAUAAGGGGGCUCACUGUUCGCAGUGUAACUUUUACGUUUAUCCGAUUUAGGUUAGUGUGGUUAAAAUUCUAAUAAUAUCUUUUGGCACCGAUAAAUCAAUUGAUCAGCGAGCGCGUUUUUUUUUUUUAUUCUUUUCAUCUUCACUUGUUUUUUUUUUCUGUUCGUUCGUUCGGUGUUUGUUGGCACAUCGUCGUCUUUGGUUUCACGAUCUACGCCCUGCGAAUAUCCAAAAAUGUAUUUCCGCUUUCCGCAAGACUUGCGUCUCAAGAAGAAGAUUACCUGUGCGCGGUCAUCGACCUCGUAAACAUUGAUCUGUGUGUGGUGAUUACAGCACCGACACCUAGUGCAGCAGUGUCAUCGCCCCUAACCACAACAAAAGGCCGACUCUCGGGCUUCUAGUUGAAACGGAAGGAAGGAAGGAAGGUAUGAGGCUGUGAGACGUCGCGAAACGCGCGGAAGGAUGCACAAGAAGGAGGACAUCUUUGAGCAAAAGAAAGUGGAGAUUGAGUCAUGGCUGCAGAGACUCGAAAAGAGGAUGGGGGGCAUGGCCCCAGUGGGACACACUGCUGAUGUGCUCGAGCUGCAGCUCAGGGAGCAGAAGGGCUUCCAUGCUGAGCUGCAUACAUUCAGGCAGCAGAUCGAUGGCUUCCAACAGAUCACCCAGAAGAUCAUCACUGCUCAUCAGCAUGAGGACACCAGUCGAUAUAAGAAGGCAGCUUCAGAUAUCAACCAAUUAUACACGCGCCUGGAUGCAUGCGUAAUCAACAGAGGGAAGCUGCUUCACGCGGCGAUGAGUUCUUUGCAGAACUUGGACCGUUCGCUAGAUAAGUUCUUAGCCUGGUUGAGCGAAGUGGAGUCGGUUCUGGAGAGUCUCGAGACUGAAGGGGAUUCAAGGAGAGGCGCCCAAGGCUUGAAGGAGCUCCAGUCCGAUAUCGAGAGACAAUCGACAACGCACUCGGCUCUGAGGACCUCCAGCCUCGCACUCCUCGGUACGCUCGCCCCCGAGGAUGCGCUCAUGCUCCAGCUGCGUGGCGAUGAGAUGGAACGCCGCUGGCAGGCUCUCCGCACACGGACAAUGGAAUUGCGCAACAGGCUGGAGCACAACGCAGAGUACUGGAACGCUCUGCUGCUUUCGCUCAGGGAAUUAACCGAGUGGGUGAUCAGGAAAGAUACGGAAUUGGGCCUUGCGUCAAGGCAAGAUGACCACAGGGCAUUCCGGCAGCAGCUGGAGGAUAAAAGGCCACUCGUGGAGGCUAGCCUCAGGAGUGCCAGACAAUUCGUAGCGGGCGAACCCUCAGGAGACUUGGCGCGUAACUUGCGGAGGGAGUUGGUCAAGUUGAGCGAUAAGUGGAAUGCUUUGAUCGAUCGUUCCGAUCAAUUAGCUUCGAGAUUCGAACAGAACAAUGCUAAAUUGAAACACUUGGCUGUAACUUUGGAGGAGGCUUCGUCCGCGGUUGCUCGUCUAGAGAGGGCGACUUUGAGCUGGAGCGGCCCAAGGAGCGCGGCUGAAGCUCGUGAAUUAUUAAACGGCCUGAGGACGUUGGAGCAGCAACUUCCGCCACUUCAGAGGUCGCUGGAUGAAGCAAGAAGUCAAGCUUCUAUGCUCGGAUCCGCAGUGCCUCAAACCUCGGCCACUCAACUUGAAGACUGUACUGCACGAUGCAGAGCCCUGCAGGCUGCAAUUAGAGAGAGACGGGAAGUCCUGACGAGCACUUGCCAAGGAGAAAUAUCCCCGGGCCCGUCGAGCGUUCAGCCUCCGUGGGAAAGGGCGACUACUCCGAACAAAGUCCCUUAUUACAUCAACCACAACAUGGAGACAACCCACUGGGAUCAUCCGCAGAUGUUGGAAUUGGCCGCAUGUUUGUUGCAGCUGAACGAAGUACGCUUUUCCGCAUAUAGAACCGCUUUGAAGUUACGCGCAAUCCAGAAGAAACUUUGCUUCGAUUUGGUUACUUUGUCCGCUGCCUCCGAGGCAUUUGAUGUUCACGGUCUCCGGGGACAAAACGAUCGGUUGUUAGAUGUGGCGGAUAUGAUGUUGAUUCUAAGGGCUAUAUAUUCGGGAACGUUGCAACAGAAUCCGAACUUAGUGGAAGUUCCACUUUGCGUUGAUCUCACACUGAAUUGGCUGUUAAAUGUAUACGAUAGUCAGAGGACUGGCCAGAUUCGAGUACUUAGUUUUAAGGUGGGCUUGAUUUUAUUAGCGAAAGGUCACUUGGAGGAUAAAUACCGUUACUUAUUCCGCUUGAUAGCUGAUCCGCAGCAGAGAGCUGACCAAAGGAAGCUAGGAUUGCUGCUGCAUGAUGUUCUGCAGGUACCCAGACAAUUGGGCGAAGUGGCCGCAUUCGGUGGAUCUAAUAUAGAACCUAGCGUUAGGAGUUGUCUUGGAGAAAGGGAAGAUUUGGAAGUAACUCAUUUCUUAGCAUGGCUGAAACAGGAACCGCAAUCUUUAGUUUGGGUACCUGUACUUCAUAGAUUGGCAGCUGCUGAGACCGCUAAACACCAGGCUAAGUGCAAUUCGUGCAAACAAUAUCCUAUAAUUGGGUUGAGGUAUCGGUGCUUAAAGUGUUUCAAUUUUGACAUGUGUCAAUCUUGCUUUUUCUCGGGAAGGUUAACGAAAGGUCAUAAAUUGUCCCAUCCGAUGCACGAAUAUUGUGCUGCGACUACUUCAGCUGAAGAUGUAAGGGAUUUCACUAAAGCCUUGCGCAAUAAGUUUAAAAGUAAAAGACAUUUCGUUAAGCAUCCAAGAGUGGGAUAUCUUCCGGUACGUUCUGUUUUGGAAGGGGAUGAGCUUGAGAGCCCGAUAGCUUCCCCGCAACACAAUGACAUGCAUUCCCGCUUAGAGAUAUACGCUAGCAGAUUGGCCGAAGUGGAAUUGAGGGCUGCUUCGCCAGAGGAUGAGCAUCGACUCAUAGCUGAUCUGUGCCAUUCUUUGGAAGGAGCUCCGGCAAGUCCAGGUCAACUGAUGCUUGUAAUCGACGAGGAGCAACGGGCUGAGCUGCAAGAUAUGAUUCGCGAAUUGGAAGCCGAGAACACGGCAUUACGUCAGGAAUAUGAGCAACUCCAGAGAGGUUCAAAUCCUCACCCUCAGCCAGCCCAACACGACGUCGUAGCCGAAGCCAGAUUAUUACGUCAGCACAAGGGUAGAUUGGAGGCAAGAAUGCAAAUCCUCGAAGAUCAUAAUCGACAAUUGGAAGCUCAAUUGCAACGACUAAGGCAACUCUUGGAGGAACCUGCCGCCACGACUACUACCCUCCAAACACGCUCGGUGACUGCCUCUCAAUUAAAUCAGGACACCCCCGGAAGGGUGACGCAGCCUCCACCUCCAACCAACGACCAUCGCUAAGACAAAUCAUGCAAGAAAGCCGUAAAUAAUCAAUAAUGCACACCUCAUCAUUAUCUUAUUAUAUGCAUAUCAUGGAUGUAGAUUGCUUACAGUUAUACCCGAUAUAAUAUCAUAUAUACCAUAUCAUAAUGUUAAACGAAGGGAAGUAAAGAUGAAGUUGUUGUUUGGUGUGAAGUAGGUGCACUGUUUUAUGUUCUCACAUGCUUAAUCAUUAAGGCAA